GCUGCAAAAGGAUUGAAUUUUAUCAAAAUACAGGGAUAUUUUGACGUCCACAACAAGAAGAAUACAGAACAGGUAUUGGUCAACACGAAUUUGGAGGAAAACAUGCCGAAUUUCGAAGAAACAAAUAAGGCAGUAGAAAUCAUAGAUGGAUUUCAGAAGAAGCUACAAUCCCAAGGUGAUGAGAGCAGUAAUGAAGAACUUGAAAAGAUCAAAGUAAUGUUAGAAAGUCCACUCUUUCAUCAGUUGCUUAAGAUCCAAGAGUCGAUCCGUGAACUGAAUGCCAAGCUGCACCACACAUCUCUGGAUGCGGUUAAGGAUUUUGAUUUUGAUCCUAACGGGAAGCUAAUAUUCCCAAAUGAUAUCGGCAACAUUGACUAUGAGAGUAUUGAACAAGAGGAAUUCAGAGAAAGUAGAACAGGGUACUUAGUUCAGGCAGAACCUGUCGUACCUGACAAUGAGUUGGAUUAUGCUGAAGACAACAGAGAAAAGCUAAUCAACGAGAUAUCUCAAUCAAGGUUUAAUGAUGAUGAUGAAUUUGUAAAUAGAGUAGAAGCAUUGGCUCAAGGUCGAGAGGUUGAGGUGGUUGACCUCAUGAAACCUGAGAGAGGUGGCCUAGGGUUCAGUGUUGUUGGUCUGAAGAGUGAAAACCGAGGAGAACUGGGAAUAUUUAUUCAGGAAAUACAACAGAAUGGCGUUGCUGGAAGAGAUGGUCGUCUAUAUGAAAGUGAUCAGAUAUUGUGUAUUGACGGACAACUCCUGGACAGUGAAAUAACGCACCAAGAAGCAAUAGGAAUAUUACAGAAGACAAAAGGAAAUGUAGAGCUCAUUGUUGCUAGAGGAUCAGCGCCAAGGCCUGAUAAUAUAUCAAGAACAACCUCUGGGGCCAGUUCAGUGAUAUCUAGGACUCCUUCUAAUCUUAGCUCUAUAUCACGCACAUCUGAUCAUGAUGCCGUUCCUGCAGAACAGGUGGAAGAUGCAGAAGAGGAGGAGCAGGCAUAUGUGCGUCAUAUUGAGACUGUCACGUUACACAAUGAUGGAGGAGGGCUGGGAUUUGGAAUUAUUGGUGGGCGGAGCUCUGGUGUUACGAUCAAAACCAUCUUACCAGGAGGUGUUGCUGAUCGGGAUGGUCAUCUGCGAGAAGGUGAUCAGAUCAUGCAGAUAGGUAAUGUCAAUGUGGGAGGAAUGGGGAGUGAACAAGUGGCACAGGUCUUGCGUAAAGCUGACCAGCAUGUAAAGCUUAUUAUAUCAAGAAUGGUACCUGCCACAUCUUAUGAGAUUCCAGUUAAUCAGGGAGAUCAGAGUGUGGAAACAUUCGACAUCAAACUUGAAAAAGGAAGCAGAGGACUGGGAAUAACUAUUGCUGGUUACGUAGGAGAAAAUGUUAACGAUCAAUUAUCUGGUAUAUUUAUUAAAAGUAUCAUAGAAGGAAGUACAGCAGAAUCUGAUGGACAAUUGAGAGUCAAUGAUCAAAUUAUUGAGGUGGAUGGUACAAGUUUACAUGGCAAAAAUAAUCAACAAGCUGUUGAGAUCUUAAAGCAAACAGGGCCAGUAGUGAAUCUGAAGGUUGCACGACACAUUCCUGGUAAAAAGCAAAUGGAAUCUCAAGAAACUACUCAGAUUCCAAGUGUUCAAGUAACAGAAGUGGAAGAACAGGAGUUACAAAAAGAACUCCAGACUUUGGAUACAGAGGCUAUUAAGCAGCACUAUUCGACACUUUUGGGCAAUGACGUUGAGAUACUUGUUGCCGAGAUGGAAAAGACAAGUCCUGGUGGAGGGCUCGGCAUUAGUCUUGAAGGAACACAAUAUCCACAUGAUGGUUCACCACCCUGGCACAGAGUACAUACUGUUAACCCUCAUGGUCCAGUAGGACUAGAUGGAACCAUACAACCAGGGGAUCAUCUCAUAGAGGUUAAUGGCAUCGGGGUGCUUGACUUGGGUCACAAUGAAGUGGUCACCCUCAUCCAGUCUCUGCCAAUACAUUUCCGCUUGGUUGUCGCUCGAAGAAGAGAUGAUGAAGAAGAACCCUAUGAAAUGGUGACAACGAAUCAGCUUGAGUCAGAGAGCAGCAUACAAGUACAGGAAGCUCCUGGUGUAGAAACACAACCCCAGGAUUUUCCUAGUGUUGAACCAGCAAGAGAGUCAGUAAGUGGUCAGUCCAUGUGGUCAGACAAAGUAAAGUACGUCAAACUGGAGAAGGCAGAUAAAGGACUGGGAUUUAGUAUACUGGACUAUCAGGAUCCUGCCAACCAAGAGAAGACGGCCAUUGUGAUCCGUAGUCUUGUAACUGGUGGGGUAGCAGAACAUGACGGUAGGCUACACCCAGGGGACAGAUUGAUGUUAGUCAAUGAUGUUAAUCUGGAGCAUGCAUCACUGGACUAUGCUGUACAGACACUGAAAGGAACUCAAAAAGGAGAGGUGUUGAUAGGCGUAGGAAAACCUAUUCCUGUAUCAGAUGAUGAAGAGAGUAAUCUAGGAGAAUCCCCCCCAGAUGCAGCCAUGCCAUACCUGUUGGAACUAGACAAAGAAGAACGGCAGGGAAAAGCUGAUAUCAGUAUUAAUGAGAAUCUAGAAACAAGUCAACAUGACAAGACAAGUGAAUCUGAGUCGAGCAGCAGCGAGUUGUCAUCCAAGUUCGACUUUGGUCCGCCAUUACUGUUCUCAGGUGAUUCAAUAGACUUGGAUAAUCUACCAGACUCCAUCAAGAACCGCAUAGAGACCAUCACCAUACGAAGACAGGAAGUGGGAAAACUAGGUAUAAACCUGAAAGGUGAUGCAGAUGGAUGUGGAUGUGUUGUCAAGUCAGUGUUACGAGGUGGAGCAGUGGGUCGUGAUAAUCGUAUCGGUGUCGGUGAUCACAUCGUGGCUAUCAACGAUCAGAGUAUGAUUGGACUAUCGAACAAGGCAUCAAAGUCGGUGCUACGUAAACAAUCACUACAAAAAGACGUUGAGUUCACAGUGAUCAGAGCAGACAUGUCACCAGAGCGUGCAGUACAACGAUCUCCAACAUCCUUCGAUGUGGAUGACAGCUCUACUUCAUCAGUCGAUUCUCAGGGGUACACGAUAGAAAACGAGCAAGUCAGAAAGACAGACAAACAACAAACAGAAAUUUCCCAUGCAAUUCCAUUUGAUGCCCCGUUUGAACAAGAUGACAUACGGGUCGUAGAGCUGAACCGCGAACCAGACAGUGGACUGGGUAUUAGUAUUGUUGGCGGGAAAUCCGGGCCGGGAGGAAUUGGAAUCAAGGGGAUCUUUAUACGGCAUGUGCUGGAGACCAGUGCUGCCGGCCGUCUUGGAAUGCUGAAAACUGGUGACCAAAUUCUUGAGGUGGAUGGACACGACCUUCGUAAUGCAUAUCACGACGAAGCAGUGGAGGUAAUAAGACAAGCUAAAAACCCUGUACAAUUCGUUGUCAAGUCCAUGUCGCAUUCCGUGGAUACAGAGGUGGACAUCGACAACAUAAGCAACGUCGAAAGUACAGUCACGCCAGUCACCUCCAAAAUAAGCCAAGAAUCUCCUUCACCCACGUUCCCUGACGAAGAUGACUUUAAAAAACAUAUUCCCAUCCCAUCCGAGAACCUGUCCAUCGAAAGCGAGCAACACGUGACUGAUGACAUAAUUAAACCUAGCUAUGACGUCAUAUUACGAGCUGAAUCAGGAGAUUUGAUUGAAGAUGACGACAGAUUAAGGGAAAUGAAAAGAAAAUAUCCCGAUGUUACUGGGGAAUACCUGAUAAUAAAUCUGCAUAAAGGCAAUACAGGGUUAGGGUUAAGUAUCGCUGGAGGCAAAGGAGCAGCUCUGAAUCGAAUCUUUAUCGUUGACGUCAAGCAAGGAGGACCUGCAGAACGGGACGGUCGUAUUAUACAGGGUGAUGAAAUCCUUGAAGUCAAUCAGAUCUCAGCCAGAGGUCUAUCUCAUUACCAGGCCUCUGCUAUCCUUAAGAGCACGGCCGCUGACGUCGAGUUGAUACUCGGAAGGUCCCGAGAGGGCACCGAAUACCUCGCGAGAACCGGCGCUUCGUCGGAACCGGAAGUUAAACCUCUAAAUAUUCAGCCAAUAGAAUCGCCUCCCAGCAGAAUAACAGAGCCUAGAACCAGUCCUACACCGAGCCCCGUGACGUCACAGCCAGCUGCUAGGGCCAGUCCUCCGCCUGUUGCUCCCAAACCAAAAGCAGUGACGUCACCACCAGCUGCUAGACCUAGUCCUCCUCCUGUUGCUGCUAAGACAGUCUCCCCAACCCUUCUGGCUGAGCUGUCUGGAGGACAGAAUGUGGAAUACAUUGAUGUUGUUAAGGGGCCAACAGGUCUUGGGUUUGCUGUGGUGGAAGGUCCAGGGUUCAGAGAAGGAGAGACUGGGAUAUUCGUUAAAAGCGUCACAGAAGGCGGCGCAGCAGACCUGGAUGGUCGUCUGAAGAAAGGCGACCAGUUAAUAGCCGUGGAUAACCAAGCCGUUGUUGGACUCUCACACGCAGAGGCUGUUAAUAUCUUAAAGAAGACCCAUGGCAAUGUAUCUCUGGUGGUUGCCAGGCGACAACAGCCCGUUAAUGCUCCUUCUCAACCAGCACCUAAGGUAUCUGUACCCGAAGUCAAAGAAGAGACAAGCAAUACAACUCUAUCGAAGGCUUCUCCGGUGUCGUCUUCGCUGUCAAUCAGUGUAAGCUCACCUGCACCAGACCCCCGAAAAGCUCCUAUCAUUCCCGGUCAAGAAUGUCUGAUAGAAAUCCCCAAAGGAACCACAGGACUGGGACUGAGUAUCGUUGGAGGUGCAGACACCUUACUGGGUGCUAUUGUGAUCCAUGAAGUGUACGAAGAUGGUGCAGCGGCAAAGGAUGGACGCUUGUGGGCUGGUGACCAGAUACUUGAAGUGAACAACGUUGACUUGCGUGAAGCGACACAUGACAUGGCCAUCAACGCGUUACGUCAAACACCUCCCAAUGUUAGACUCAAAGUACUUCGUGAUGAAUCACAGUUCAAAGAUGAAGAUGCGUUUGAUUACCUGACUGUGGAGCUGAUGAAAUCACCCGGUCAGGGACUGGGUCUGAGUAUUGUUGGCAGAAGGAACAAUACAGGAGUUUUCAUAUCGGACGUGGUCAAAGGUGGCGCAGCUGAGCACGAUGGCCAUGUAUUCCCUGGUGACCAGAUCCUCUCAGUUAAUGGAGAAGACCUUAGGAAUGCAACGCAAGAUGUUGCAGCCAGUCUGCUUAAGCGUACAUCUGGUAAGGUAGUUUUACACCUGGCUCGCCUUAAACCCGGUAACAGUUCUCGCCCUUCAUCCAUGAGUAGUCUGCCGAACAUUCAGCUGGGAGGAGAGUCGUUAACAAGCAUGGAGAAUCCACCGCCACUAAAUUAUGACAUUGACUUGAUGCCAGAUCCUGUACCUGGACGAGCUCUUACUGAUCUGUCAUCGGCACCCAGUCUCCCUCCUCUCAGUUCAUCUCCAACAUCGUCUGCUGUAUUGGAGACAGAGCCAACCCAGUCGGAGGAUGAAGAGUCAAUACCUCCAAAGACAAAAAUCAUCGAGCUUGAGCGAGGACCUGAAGGCCUAGGUUUUAGUAUAGUAGGAGGUCAUGGCAGCCCUCAUGGAGACUUACCAAUAUACGUCAAAACUGUCUUCCCUACUGGUGCUGCAGCUCGUGACGGGCAGCUCAAGAGAGGAGAUCAGAUCAUCGCGGUUAAUGGUCAGAGUCUGGUGGGUGUGUCCCAUGAGAUGGCGGUAUCACAGCUCAAGAAAACAAGAGGCAAGAUUGUAUUGACUCUUUUAUCGUAACAAAGACUUUUAGUCGCCAUAUAAUGAUAUCAAAUUGGGUAGCCUUUUUCAAUCUUAUAUCACAGGACAAGGAAAACUUUUAAACCAGAUAAACAGCUGAUUUGAAAUACAUUUUUUAUGGCUGGUAAAUGAAUAGAUAGCUUUCAGGAAGAGGUGCAGUAUAGAUGUUACUAUUAUUCUACAAUCAGUAAUGUCGAAUAGUUUAUAUUAUAGCUUUUAUAGAUACUCAUACACUUCUGUAACAGUCACUUAACAUGACUACAUCUUUAGUGUUGUGACAUUAUUUCAAAACUAUACAUUUUAUAACACAUAACACUCCUUUAACAGCCCACUUUCCACAACACGUAAUCACAUACAUUGACCGCAAGUGUUCAACAAUUAUAUUCAACCAAGGAAUAUACAACACAUAGAUUAAUACAAUCAGUAUUAUAUCCGCAUGACAUAAAAUCCCAAACAAAAUUUCAAAUAACCUCAAAUAAUUAUUAAUAUGAAUUAAUAUUCAAUAAAAAGUAACACAAGACAAAUUAGUGUUCAAACAUUUAUUAUAAAU